UCAAGGAUCAAACGGUCCUCGUCGGUUCUCGGCAUGGACAGCCUAUAAAAGCGCGCCAGUGGGCCAGGUUCGGUGCCAGUAUUCCAAGGACCGUCGCCAGGUGCGGAUCUCCCAGAACAGCAGCAGCAGCAGCUCGGGACACAAUUAGCUGGUUGGUUGGAUUAGUCCAGUUCCAGAAGUUCUGGAAAGUGAAGUGAACUUCCGGGAAGUCCGGAAAUAAGGAGUGGUGCAGUUUUGGUUUUGUUUUAGAACUCCCCCGUCGGCGACAACCAGUCGGUUUCAGUGAAGUGGAUAAUUGUAGUUCCGGCGUGUACGACAGCUUCUUUGAACUAAUUAAGGCGGUGUGAUGUUGGCCUUUCUGGACGGUGCAACCCCGACGGAACUUGGACGCCCGACAGAAAUGAAGUCGUUUUAGUGAAGCUUUGAACAAAUUUUGAAACACUCAAAAUGUCCCUGUUGAACACUUAGUAUAGCUUUACUGUUUUGUUAACCUUUUUGGUUGAAAAAGAAGCACAUCCACCACCAAAAUCUUCAAAAAGUCCCCACAAACAGCAUCAACAGGUGGAUCCCUGGUGUUCUGGUGUGACCACAUACACACCUUUUGACUUCGGGGGAAUCGCGGGCCACCGGCGGGCAAGCGCCGGUUUUAUGUUCGAGCUGGAUGACCCACGGGAGAAGCUGAGACUACUGGCGACCCCGGUCAAACUGGGAGACCAUCCAGGCAAAAGCGAAACUGGCAAACUAACCAAGAACGCUGACUGUUGCGACGGCGGGCUUGCGGGGGCCGGCGAAAACGGCGUCGACGAGCGAAGUUGCGGUGGGGGCGGGGGUGGCGGAGAGGAGGUCGCCCUGGCGAUGACCACCCUCGGCCAGAUCAAGGCCAGCUCGAGGAAGGGGGGCCACUGCAUCGACCUGGCCGAUUCGGACCAGCGCGAAACAUGGUCCGGCAAGGUGGACUUUCUGCUGUCCGUGAUCGGGUUCGCCGUCGAUCUGGCCAACGUGUGGCGCUUCCCGUACCUGUGCUACAAAAAUGGCGGCGGUGCAUUCCUCGUUCCUUACGGCGUUAUGCUGGUGGUUGGCGGCAUUCCUCUGUUCUACAUGGAGCUCGCGCUGGGUCAGUUCAACCGGAAGGGUGCCAUCACCUGUUGGGGCCGGCUGGUUCCCCUUUUCAAGGGAAUCGGUUACGCGGUCGUGCUGAUCGCGUUCUACGUGGACUUUUACUACAACGUGAUCAUCGCGUGGUCGCUGCGGUUCUUUUUCGCGUCCUUCACGGACCACCUGCCGUGGACGCUGUGCAACAACGAAUGGAACACGGUCCUCUGCAAGCCGUUCGAGUUUGGUGGACCGAAUAGGACCGCGGCAGCUUCGGCGGCGGCGUCCAUCAACGGAUCCUGGGUGAACGCAACGGUGACUUCGACGGUGGCCGCGGUCAACGAGACCAAGUUCCAGUCCGCAGCGUCCGAGUACUUCAAUCGGUUCAUCCUGGAGCUGGACAAGAGUGACGGCAUCCACGACCUGGGCACGAUCAAGUGGGAUAUGGCCGUUUGUCUGCUGGUGGUCUACCUGGUGUGUUAUUUUUCGCUCUGGAAGGGCAUCAGCACUUCCGGAAAGGUGGUUUGGUUCACGGCCCUGUUUCCGUACGCUGUGCUGCUGAUUCUGCUGGUCCGUGGCAUCACGCUGCCCGGGUCGGCCUCCGGAAUCCAGUACUAUCUGAGUCCAAACUUUGACGUGAUCUUCAAGGCGGAGGUUUGGGUGGACGCCGCGACGCAGGUGUUCUUCUCGUUGGGACCCGGCUUUGGAGUGCUGCUGGCGUACGCCUCGUACAACAAGUAUCACAACAAUGUCUACAAAGAUGCCAUCCUGACCAGCUUCAUCAACUCGGCGACCAGCUUCGUGGCCGGCUUUGUGAUCUUCUCCGUGCUCGGCUACAUGGCGCACGCCAGCGGGCAGAACAUCGAGGACGUUGCCACCGAAGGUCCGGGACUGGUGUUUGUCGUGUACCCGGCCGCGAUCGCGACCAUGCCCGGCAGCAUCUUCUGGGCGUUGAUCUUCUUCAUGAUGCUGCUGACGCUGGGAUUGGAUAGCUCGUUUGGUGGUUCGGAGGCGAUCAUUACGGCGCUCAGCGAUGAGUUCCCGAAGAUUGGCCGAAAUCGGGAGAUCUUUGUGGCGGGCUUGUUUUCGCUGUAUUUUGUCGUUGGGCUGGCAAGCUGUACCCAGGGUGGGUUCUAUUUCUUCCAGCUGCUGGAUCGGUACGCGGCCGGUUACUCGAUACUGAUUGCCGUACUGUUUGAGGCGAUUGCGGUGUCGUGGAUCUAUGGUAAGAAUUCUUUUUUACAUCAAAAAGAGAACAUUUUUGAAACCCUCCCAUUCCCAGGAACGCAACGCUUCUGCGAUGACAUCAAGGACAUGAUCGGUUUCGCGCCCGGCAUCUACUGGCGCGUCUGCUGGAAGUUCGUAGCGCCGCUUUUCUUGCUCUUCAUCAUCAUCUACGGCUUGAUCGGGUACGAACCGCUGAGCUAUGAGGACUACGUCUACCCACCGUGGGCGAACGCCCUCGGCUGGUGCAUCGCCGGUUCUUCGAUGAUCAUGAUCCCGCUGGUGGCCUGCUACAAGCUGCUCGUGACACCGGGAACCUUCCUGCAGCGCAUGAAGAUCUUGACGACGCCGUGGCGCGAUCAGCAGAUGGCCGUUAACGGCGUUACGACCGAGCCGGCCCAGGUCCGGCUGACCAACUCGGACGAGGGCGAAGAAGUUUGAGUGCAAUCAUUCUCGUUGAAGUUUGAUAUUUACUUUGUUUGAGGAAGGAGGUCUCGGGAAGGCCGACUUUUUUGUACUGUAAGAGUUAAUUGUGUGUGGGCUAUAAUUGCGCGACUACUAGAAGAUAAACCCAAUUGUUUGAAGAUGAAAACACUCCUAGAGUGGAACGGGAUUAGCGAAGCGCUAGAAUCUUAAAAUAAGAUUAAAGUUAAGCAAACAAAUACAAAUACAUGCUGUAUAGAUAAUAGAUCGAAACGAUUUCAAAGGAGGUAAUCAACAAGCGAAUUGAAUCAUAUUUAAAGUUUAUCGUUGAAACGGCCCUCUGCUCGCACAAACCAAAUCCUACAAGAUGUACAUAAUUCGCCGUGUAGGCUGUGCUGGGACGCAAAAUAAAAAAGGUGGUUCCGAUUUAUGAUAACAGAACAGAAUUUGUACAAUUGUUACCAGUUUUAUGUGGCCGUUGAUGAUAGAUAAAAUAUUCAAGUUUAACGCACUGAGAUAUUGCGCUGCGAUCAAAUCAUAACUAUAGAGCUAUAGAUAAGUUGCCACGUUGUGUAUCCCGACUAAGCUCUCCGCUUAACUUAGAACAAGCUAAAUAACGCUCUCUGUUUCUUCCAUCGUCGCCGUAACGCUUAAUACGUUAUUUUAUGCCACUGCCAGUGGCGAGUUGAAAGCUUUGCACCGUCCACGUGGAGCUUAACAGCCAUAAAGCUUCGCGUGGGAGGCAGUUAUCCACUCGCCUCCUGGCAAAGCGUUUCAUUUCUAUACAUCGUUGAAAGAAAGCUAUUCUUGCAGUAUACAGUUUAAAGUUAACUAAAUUGGAUAGAACGCUGAACUUACCCAUUUAUAUAGCAAAACCAACUAAUGCUGCUUUUCUGGGAUAAACGCAAAUAAAUAAGUGAAACCUAUUAGUGAAACUCCAGUGUGAUUAUGAACUGAAGAACACGUCUACGAUACCAUACGAACACUUAAAGCUAUCGACAAACCAUAUUGCUACGUAACUUUUAAACCGAUAGAUUGGGUUAUUGUUGUGAGAAAUAAAAUCAUGUUAAUUGCCGGAGAAAAUCACGGACACGUAACCAAUUUGAAACACCAACAACUUUAUAGCUGGGAAGAAAUGGGAAGAUAAAUUGAAAUUAUUUUUCUAUUUUUCUAUUUUUGUUUUUAAUUUGAGAGGAAAUUGUUUAAGGAAUGUUUUUCAGACAGCCAUUGGAGAACAUUCCGAGCAAUAUAAUUAAAGUUAUAUUACAACUAUUUUGAAAUUUUAUUUCAUAUUCUGUGAAAAAUUCAUCGUUCAGCCAUAGAAGAAAUUCUCACAGAAUGUGGUUUUGUUUUGGUUAGUUUGACCAAUUGAUUCUAAACGCAACGUUAGAACGUUUUUUUAAAGUUAUCUUUCAGUCCAUUCCAUUUCUUCUCAGUUGUCGGAAAACUGAAUAAAAAAUGAAAAUCCAGAGCUCAAAGUGUUCCCCUUUUAUACAACAUAAAAUAUCUAUUCCACCAACAAAGCUCAAACUGGAAGCAAAAACUAGCUUAAUAAACAAGUCGUGUUCCCCUUUUUCUAACGAAUCGUUAGCACACUAUCGUAAUACAUGCGGCAACAAUACGAAAUGCAAAGUAAAUUACUGUACCAACCAACCGACAACAACAAACCAAGAUGAGUGAUGCUUGUUCCAACAGUUUCAAUAGUUUUUGAGGCGUAAAAAGUUAUGAGUUAUUAAAUUGUCAGGAACAGAAAACAACGAAUACUCAGUAUUUUGUUAACUGCAGCUGUCGCGUACUGAACGUGCGUGAUGUUUCUACUGUAUACUUUGACUAUUGCUCACUAAAAACUAUGCUAAGUUUUAUACUUUCGUUUAUACUGUUAUUGUGUAAUAAAAUUGAUUGAGUUUGAAAUCUGA